AAAUGUUUGGAAGUUCUGGUUUUAAUGCCGGUGGUGGCAAUCCUCAAGGAAAUGCUCCUGGAGCCUUUUCAUUUGGUAAUAAUAACUCUGCUCCAACACAACCAGCUACUGGUGGUGGUGGUGGAUUUUCUUUUGGAUCAUCUACAACUGGAGGUACACAACCAUCAACAACUGGAGGAUUCGGACAACCUUCUGCACAACCACCAACUUCUGGAGGAUUUGCUUUUGGAUCAUCUACAACUGGAGGUACACAACCAUCUACAACUGGAGGAUUUGGUUUUGGUUCAACACCUUCUACCCAACCAACAACUGGAGGAACAACUGCUGGAGGAACCACAGGUGGAUUUGCUUUUGGAAAUAAGCCAGCUACCACUGCAACUACAACACAACCAACCACUGGAGGAAUGACUUUCGGUCAACCUUCUACACAACCAACAAGUACUGGAGGAACCACAGGAGGAUUUGCUUUUGGUACUCAGCCAACAACUGGAACAACUACACAACCAACAACUGGAACCACUGGUGGAUUUAACUUUGGCUCUACUACACAACCUUCCACACAACCUACUAUCAGCACAACAACCACUACACAACCAUCUAGUGGAGGAUUCAAUUUUGGUUCCACAACUACUCAACCAACAACCACACAACCAACUACAGGAACAGCUACUGGGGGAACUACAGGUGGAUUUAACUUUGGAAAUACUACAACUGGAACAACUACACAACCUACUACAGGUACAACUACUGGAUUCAAAAUCGGAACUACUUCAACAACUCAACCAACUACUGGAACCACUGGAGGAACCACUGGUGGAUUUAACUUUGGAAAUACUACAACCCAACCAUCAACUGGUACUACAACUACUAGCUCAACAACUCAACCAACUACUGGUACCACGGGAGGAUCUGGUGGAUUUAACUUUGGUUCUACCACAACUACUCCAUCAACAGUAGCCCAACCAACUACUACAGGUACAACUGGAGGAACCACAGGAGGAUUUAACUUUGGAAAUCAACCAAAACCUGUCACAACACAACCAUCAACAACUGGUACUACAACACAACCAACCACUACUACUACUGGUACAACAGGAGGAGGUGGAGGAUUCAAUUUCGGUUCUACUGCUACUACCACUACCCCAUCAACCACCAACGCUCCAACUAGUACAGGAACAACAGGAGGUGCUGGAGGAUUCAACUUUGGAAAUAAGCCAACAACAACUCCAACUACUACAACCACUACAGGUACAACAGGAACUACCAAUGCAGGCUUCUCAUUUGAUAAUAAGAGACCAUCCGAUGAGGGAGGUCCAAAUAAGAAGAGAUCAGCUGGUUCUGACAUUUCCACAUCAGGAAAUACUACAACUACAGGCACUACUGGAGGUGGAUUCACAUUAAACACUGGAUCAACAACAACUCCAUCCUCUACUCAACCAACAACAGGUACCACAGGAGCUGGAGGUUUCAACUUUACAGCUGGAUCUGAUACAAGCAAAAAGCCAACAUUACCAUCUUUGGAUACAACAAAUUCUACUACCACUGCUACUACCGGAGCUACUACAACAGCUCAACCAACCACAGCUACCACAACUCAACCAAAACCUAUUACUACCACAACUCCUCAAAUAGAUACAUCACAAACUCUUUUAGGAAAUAGUACUGUCGAAGAAAUAAUUAACAAAUGGAAUACAGAUCUUUCCACUGAUAUCAAAGAUUUCCACAAAGCAGCUAACCUUGUUUCAAAGUGGGAUAAGGAUAUUAUGGAAAAUGAAUCUAAGCUUAUUGGACUUAACGAUCAAGUUAAUAGAAUUACAGCAGAACAAAGUGAAUUGAAAGGACAAUUAGACAUGAUAGACUCUCAACAAAAUAAUUUGGAAAAUAUCAUCAAGGGAUUAGAAGAUUACAUUGAAAAGAAUCAAUCAAUAUAUGAUUCUAGUAAGAGGUCACAAUCAGACAGGGAGAGAGAAGAAACAUACAAGACUGCCGAAUCUAUUAAUUGCCAACUCGAUGCCAUGCAACAAACUUUAGAUGAAAUGGUCAUGCAACUUAACAAGACCUUUGAACAAUCUGUGGAUCCACAUUCUGACUUUACUCGUAUUGUGCAAGUAAUGAAUAAUCACUUGGCAUGCUUACAAUGGAUUGAACAACAAGCAUCUGGUCUUGACUCUGACAUUCAAACAAGUUCGAAUACUUUGAAACGACUUCAAUAAACAUAUUAUACGACAAUAUCAUAA